AUGGCUUGGUGGGACAGCUCUUCACCCAACUGGCUCGAAAAUCUCGAGCCAAUCUUCACACAGGAGAUCAAUGGAUUCCGAGAAGAACUCGUCUACCAGAUUGACAUUCUAGUCAAUCACCCGGGACACCAACAUAUCGUCAGCCAGAGACUUGCCACGACUUCUCGAUCCUUGCCCAAGAUUAAGAUGCUAGGCUCGGAUAUCUCGGUGUAUUUCCCGAAUGAUCCAUUGAUCACUGGGAGACGUCCUGGUUAUUUCCAGACUACUCUCCCUCGAGUCUGCGAUUUCAUUGAGAAGACUUUGAUGGACCUGAGUAAGACUCUGAUCCAUGACCCGCACAGUGCGGCGUCUGUUGCUUGGCAGUUGCAGGAUAUGUUGGAUGGUAUGUAG